AUGCGUAGUCCCACUAUCGAUAAAAUGCUCAAAGCCCGCUCCCAAUGGUAUGGUCAUGUCCUUCGCGCGAUUGCUGACAGUGUCCGUACGAUCCGUCUCAGCCUUGACGUGUCUAUAUGUGUGCUAGACGACGUCCGAAGCGGCAAUGCUACCUUGAUAGGUUGUGCGAAGACUUCAAAACGCCCCGAUCAAGAGUACAAUUUAGCUGUAGCUGCCAUAAAACCUGAAGUUCCUGAAAACGGAGGCUUCCAGUAUCCAGAGCUUCCAGGGCUCUCGGGUACUAAGGAUAAACGCAAAAAGUUUGAAGCUACAGCGCUCGAGCAAACAGAAAAGGGAUGGGCAGCUGGAAGAGGUGAAGACGUAAAGUAG